AUGGAUACCUCCGAUAUAAACAAUGACACCAUGCCAGAGUCCUGCAGACCCCCGCUUCUGGGAGAGUAUACUAUGGGCUCGAUGGGCAACCUAGACGCACCCCAUUCCACUACCGAAACGCCAGCACCUUCAGAUUCAGACACAGCACUUCGACGUCAAGGAACGAGGACGUCCAUGCCGACAUCCCAGUCCAGCGAGACAAAGAAGACGUGGAAGGAGAGGUUCAGAUUGGCGGAGUUGAAGAGCAAGACGACGCCGACAGAAGGGAGCAGCGGGUCCUCACAGACGGGAUUCUUCGGGCAUCUGCAGACCCCUCGGAUGAAGAGUACGGAAUCACCGAAACAAGGGUCGACCCCAGCACUGGAGGAAUCAUCGUUGGACCAGGAACUCGUCCCCAUGCAAUCUGCAUCUACCGCAGGACAGAGCAAGGGGAAGAAGCUGUUAUGGCCUACCAUGAAUUCUUCCCCCACGCCCCCGACCCAGACGAAGUCCUCCAGUCAGAAGAGUUCUACUCGCAGCAGCAGCACGACUGGGCGAUCAUGGACGCAUGGCACCAAGCCAACCGGCUCCCCCCACUCGAGGACGGGGAGAUACCAGAGUUCGACCUCCAGUACCCAGACUCACCCACUAUCCCUGGAUACCCAGAUCUCAGUAUCGCAUCCGGAAGGAGCAACGUCUCCACCAGAGGAAGCCCACCCCUCAACCCAGGAGAAAUCUCAGAUGUCAAUCCCCGAGACACCUCAGGCCCAGACUCCUACGUCUCAUGGGUCACGAACAACGGGGAACAUAACCCCUACGCAGUUCGGGAUGAACUUGCUGACCACCACCUCAGCCCCUAUGGAGAGUGCCACAGAGAUCUAUGCUGCCGGCUUCAAGCCAUUGCUGAGGACAGAAGGAGAGACUGGGAGACCCCCGAGCCCCUCGUCCCCUACGUCAAGUGGACCAUGGGAGAAUACGGAGAAGAGCCAGCACUGGCCAACUUCUUCUUCAACAAUCCCAUCCAUUCAGAGUGGGACGUACUCUACAGGAGAUUCCAAGACUUCGCCAGAGGAAUACGAAACCAGAACCGUGCCCUCGCCCAUAGGGGAGGUGCCCACGUACCAGAGAGACAGGAAUACCCUAUACUACCACGACCCGAGGACCAGCCCCUCUAUUUCUGGCCUCAAAAUACUGAAACCCGCAUCUGGAACCGCUGGUACCCAUGGGAGCGGGCAGCCCUCACCGACUACCGCUACUGGCUCACAUCACCAGACACUGAGGAGUCCACGCCAUAUCCCUGAUCAACUCCCAAACCCUGUGAAGACGAAGACCGUAGCUGAAAUGGGAUGGUUAGAGCUUCUGGAAUGGCAGGAAAGGUCCCUGGCCAACAAAGGGUCAUGGCUGAUCUCGGAAGCCGCCGAAUUUAUGUACCGAACUGAAUUGCCCAAUAAAGUCCACAGUGCUAUCUAUGAAGAUGAAGUCAAGUACCAUGCAGCGAAGUUAUGGAACCAAUUACAUAAUGACCAUGCCAACAUACUACGACCAUUCGAGCAACGGAGUUACCCACCCUAUCAUUGGGCGGUGAUUCCAACUGCACCCAAACAGGAACCGCCUUCACUUCCUCCAGAAAGCAAGCUAAUCAGAGGAGCACCAGCGGAAGGAGCCCAAGAAAGCGGGGACUAUGGGGACCCCCCCACAGAGCCAGUCUCCCAGCACGCAAAGGCUACACGUCCAAAAAGACCCCCGCCUCCACCUCCAAUGCCUCCAAUGCUGCCAUACAACCCACACCAUGACUAUGACCUAUGGUCACUGCCCGAGCUAGUAGACCUAGAGCUACCCCCCGAUCCACCUGGACCGCCUCCAGAUAGCCCUGAACCAUGGGAGUUAGAAUCCGCAGAACUGCCAUGGGGGGCAGUUCGACCUAAAAUGAUGAAGACCUCGGCACCUUUCACCGGAGCCUCUAGUGACGUAAAGAGGUUCCUGAAUGGUUGCGAAGACUACUUCAACAUUUUCCCACAAGAAUUUCCGAUGAGCGCAAGGGGAUACGCCCCCUCCAGAAUCAUGUUCGCCACCUCCCUAAUGGAGGACAAGGUGCUGGAGUGGUGGACGCAGAAAAGAGAGCAGCUAUAUGACCCCAUCCGUCGCCACACCCGAUAUCCGACAUGGCCCAACUUUGAUGCAGAAGUCAGGGAGAGGUUCUGGGAAGUGGCAGAAAUAGAACUGAAGAAGGUCAAAUGGAAGGCGUUAUGA